AUGGCACCCGUAUCCUCUGAUCACGGCCCGUUGCUAACCAAAGGACGCAUUCAAUUUGACGAUGCUCCGUUUUCCUCUUAUACUCAACAUACAGUUUCAAGUUUCGUCGACACCAGCUCUUUAGGGUCACUUGCAGACAGCAGUGAUUUUCGUCAACACUAUAAUACGGAUGAACGCAAUAAGAGUCGAAUCGGUGUCGUUUCCAGUUCUUCCGACACCUCAGGUGCGCGGGAUUUUGACGCAGCACUGCGAACUCUAGCCCAGCAGAAUAAUCUAGGGCAUGCUAUCGAUGAGGCAGAACAAGUUGCGAAGUCGGUUCAGUGGUACACCCCGGAACAAGUCAUUGCUCUCUGGGAAGCAGGAGCAUAUCUGAUCCACAAUGAGAGCUCCCCAGAGGCUCGACGAAGUGGUUCGCUGUUUUUGGAAGCUGUUGCGGCACGACAAGAUCUAUCCCCAGCAGCACGACGCACAGUUUUUGAGUCGAUCUUAAGUCCCUCGAACAGCGAUGUCAUACCAGCACGUGUUCAAGCACUCAUAACGCUAUCAGAUCAUGGCAGGAGACUGGAAUUUACCACUUCUUCGGUCUUUCCAGUGAUAUCUGCCUGUCUUGUACCUCUUUAUGAGGUAAUUUCUUCCGUUCGACUGAAAGCGAGAAAGGCGAAGCCGGGAAAGACAAAUGGGUUCGCCUAUGACGAUGCCGUUCUAGAUGAUGUUCUGCAGUUUGUGGUUGAUCUUAUCACUCUGCAGCGGAAGCCUCCCAGUGGUGAAGAAGUGCAAAUACUAUUGGAACAGCUUUUCAUCAUCUGCAGAAAAACAAGCGUUGCCGCAGAUAUCAAGAACUCACUCAACGUGCCUGACGCAAGCUUUAUUACUAUGCUUGAAGUCUUGUGCAGCAUCCAUGCCUCUGUCAAACCUCUAUCGGGUCCCACGUCAAGAGUUGUUCGAAGUUUGGUGAAGUCAAAGAGGCAGGUGGACAUGGUCAGCGAGCUCUACUCGUUUCUGACAGAAUUGUUUGAAGAAAAGAGUCGCAACCUCAACGUUGUCCGAGGAACUGUAUACGUUUUGACUGAUAUAAUCCGUGCACACGGUCAGGAUGGCAUUCCAGAAUUGCAAUUCGAACAGUUGAUUGACUGCCUGAAGGCCGCCACAGUGAAGGAUGAUGGUCGGCUCGAGGCAGACAUUCUGGAUCUGUGUUUGAAUAUCUUGGAGGGAGACUUUCUGCGGGUGGCCCUAGAAAAGGACUGGGGCGCUUUCGUCGACGUGAUGAAUGUGUGUUCCGCCAGGGCUGUGAAUGAGCCUGAGCAACCAUACCCCACAUCUCCUGACUCUCAACAAAACACCCCCAAAGGCAGCGUUGUAGACGAUGCCAAGUCCAGCAUUCUUGCCAACGCUAUUCAGAUCGCAUCUGUCCUUGAAGCUCUUUGGGACCGUUUGAACAAACAGCAACGGCUAAAUUCGACCCGGUUCCUCAUGAAUGCCUGUCGCUAUAUCGGGCCUCCACAGGCUGAGCUCGUUCUGGAUACCAUGCGACAGGAGCGCUUCUGUUCUCCUGGAAGUGAGAACUGGUUACUACAUUCGCAACGACUGAUUCGCUGUUUCAUACGCUCGCGCAACAAACCCUCCGAUAUUCGAAUACUCGCGCUGGAUACACUGAAGGAAUCUUUCAGCAACCAAGAGUCACUUGGCUAUUUUCAAGAGAAGGGUCUUCUCAAAAUCGUGCUUGAGAAAUUCAACGAAGAGGAUGACAUCUUGCUGCUUGAAUCGCUGGUCGCUUUUCUUGUUGACAUUGCCAUCACUGUCAGCGACAAUGAUACAUUCGAUCAGCUGAUCCAUGCGCUCAGCUCUCCUAUGAGUAAGGAUUUGGAGAAGGAAAGCCUCGCAGCUUCGGAAUCUUCUGCUAUAUCUCCCGACCGUCAAUCAUUUACUAGUGUAUUAGAGUCUUCCUUGGCCAACGUCUGCGCGGCUGGGCUUGUGAAGAUUUUCUUGCGGACGCUUAACAUGUCAGCGAACAAGGCCACAUCGGUGUUUGAGGCUUUGCUAAAGAUAGCGCAGUCCGCUGAAUGGCCGGCGGAUUCACGUUUAGCGUGUCUCAAGCUGCUUUACAGGCUGCGAUGUGAUGCGUCCGGUUCUAUCAUCGUUACCUCGACUCCUGAAGAUGAUUUUAUGAUGCAGACGUCUGGUCGAAGCUUUGAUGCGGGCUCCAAACCAUAUGAAGAUUCUACUAGUGACUGUAGUGUCGACAACGACCAGGGGCGGACAAUCUCAACCGGCCGACAUUUACCCCGGGAGCCAUCGAGCAGCAUUUUGUCCAGGUCGACGGGCCGAAACUCGAUCGUUCCCUUUCGUUCCUCCAAGCCGACGCCUCCAGUGUGGACAUUUGCCACCCCCCAAGUCCUUCCGGAGGAACCGCCAGUUGAGGCAAGCCCUUACGUGUAUGCGUACGCGAGUGCCAAUGCAUCCAGUCCGGUGGAGUCGGACCCGACGCAGAAAGUAGCUUUGAAGGCAAAUAUGUGGUUGGAGACGGUUAUCUCGUUGCUGCAACGGGAGACCAACUGGGACAUUUACAGCUACGUGCUUACUCACUUGGUGGCUCAACUGCAGAACAAAGAUUUGUUCAGCAACGCUGUACCUCAAAUUAAAUUAUUGCGCAGUGUUCUAUGCGAUCAAGUCAAAAAUGACAGUUUCCGCGAACCACCAACAUCCAGUGGCACUAAGAAGACCGAUGUUGCCGGUUACAUAUUCGAGUUUCUAUGUGCUUUAAUCAGUUACCACGAGCAUUUCGCCAAGAGCGAAGAAGAUGAGCUCGUACGUGCCUUCAUGAUGGGUAUUAUUGGCUCUUGGGGCGGUACGUCUCGUGGCUGUAUUCAUGCUCUGUCUGUCUGUUGCCAUGAAAUUCCUUUAUCGGUCACGAAGUCACUUAAUGGGAUUCUUGACAAGAUGUCCAAAGUGACCACAAUGUCUAAUCUCGCUGUUCAUAUUUUGGAAUUCCUGGCCCUGCUCGCUCGCUUGCCUGAGGUCUAUGUCAACCUGCGCGAUGAAGAUCUCCGCACGGUCUUCGGUAUAUGUAUGCGGUUCUUGCAGACUUCCAGAGAGAGUCGACUCAAAGCAGACUCGCCAACCAGGGUUGUUUCAGGUGCUGCAAGGCUUGGAAGCAUCGGAUCUUUUAGUUCUUUCCCAGAGUCUGAGGAUGGGAUGUCCAGGUACAUUUACACAUUGACAUAUCAUGUUAUGGUGUUUUGGUUUCUUUCUCUGAAACUGCAAGAUCGAGCGAAGCACGUCAAUUGGAUCACUAGCAGGCUCAUCUUCAAGGAUAAAAAUGGGAAAGAUUCGGUCGAAGAACAGAGUCAGGUGUUCAUUGAUUUGAUGCAGAGAGCUGCUUUUUCGGAUCUCGGCGAUACCAUCCCCUAUUCAACAUUCCCACCUUCUCCCGAAGAUGGACCGGUAUCCAAGAAAUCAUGGAUUGUCGGGAUGAGCAUCGUGACUGUUGAGACAGCUGGAGUGUCAGGAUUGACUCAGUUGACCAAAAGACAAGCGUCGGGUACCACGUAUGCAAUGUACCAACAACGAACUGCUCCAGUCUUGGCACACCAAGUAUCUCCGGCCCCUGAGGCCCAUUUGCAUUCUGACGCCAUGAGAACUGCCGUGCUACCCAGCCAUGUUAUGCUCCAGCUGACAACCACGGCCUUCCCAAUGCCAACCGUCAUGCAACCAAUUCUACUACCCGAUGAUGACAUGACCCGCCGGGCCCUCAGCAGUUUCGACCGCAAUGACAUUGUGGAUGGGCAUAAGAUUGGCGUUCUGUACAUUGAGAACGGUCAAACCGCAGAGGCUGAGAUCCUAUCUAAUACUGGUGGUAGUCCAGACUAUGAGUACUUCCUCUCGAAGCUUGGAACCAAGGUUCCGCUCCGGGGGGCUCGUUUCAAUACUCAGGGCCUGCAUGCUGAUUUUGACGGUGAUUCCACGUACGCCUGGAGAGAUCGGGUGACUGAGAUCGUAUUCCACGUCGCGACCAUGAUGCCUACGAAUUUCGACAACGAUCCGGCUUGUGUGAACAAGAAGCGUCAUCUCGGAAAUGACUUUGUCAAUAUCGUAUUCAACCGAUCAAAUACGCCUUUCAAUUUCAAUACGGUGCCAUCCCAAUUCAACUUUGUGAACAUUGUCAUCAAUCCCACUUGCCGCGUUACUGAUGAGCCGGAGACCUCAGAUCUCAAGGGGUACAACUUUGAUAAUCUAUUCUAUCAGGUGAAGGUGAUGAGCAAACCUGGGUUCCCUGAAAUUUCGCCUGCAGCUGUGCCCAAAGUCAUCUCGGGCAAGAACCUCGGUGCUUUUGUCCGUAUUCUUGCCCUAAACGCCUCGGUGCUUUCUCUUGUCUGGAAUAGCCAAGGCGGCGAGCACGUCUCCUCCUGGCGCAACAGGCUGCGUGAAAUCAAGAGACUCCGCGAACGCACACUCGACCUCCAGGCUCAAAACGCUGAGGCCGCUGAAGCCACUUACCCGGGCCAGCGGCGCAACACGAAGGCCAACAUCUUCUCCGAGGAGCUUGCGACCCCCACUCCGCCUCAGGCUGUUAAAAGCGAUUCCCCCGUCACGGACUGGAAUGCAGCAACGGAUGCGAACUUCAUCCAUAACUUGGACUUCUCGCGCUGGGGACGCUGA